CUCAUUUGCAUAUCAAUAGCCACAAAAACCCAACACAAACACAAAACACAAAAUCGCAUUUCCUUAACACAACAAUAUGUGCCCCUCUGGUCGCACCCUCCGUCCUCACGCGCUUUCCUCUGAUUUUCGACCCGCAUUCGACGUUCUCGACACCGACCGCGACGGAAAAAUAAGCCGCGAUGACCUCCGUGCCUUCUACUCCGGCGUCCACGGCGGCGUCCCCGGCGGAGACGACGUGAUCGGCGCAAUGAUGACGGUGGCAGACAUCAAUAAGAACGGGUUCGUGGAGUACGAUGAAUUUGAGCGCGUGGUGACGGGUAACGCGGAGAGAAGAGCGUUGGGGUGUGGGGCGAUGGAGGAUGUGUUCAGGGUUAUGGACAAAGACGGUGACGGCAAACUCAGCCACCGCGACUUGAAGAGUUACAUGGCUUGGGCUGGGUUCCAUGCCACCGACGAAGAUAUCAAAGCCAUGAUUAGGUUCGGUGGCGGCGAUCAAAACGGCGGCGUCACGUUCGAUGGUUUGCUUCGUAUAUUGGCCCUUGAUUCUUCCGCUGCUAGUUAUUAAUGAUUUAAUUCAAUCUCUUCCGGUAAUUUUGGCCUCUAUAUAAUAUAAUAUGUUGUCUAAAUUUGAGUGGCUGAUUGUAAUGAAUGCAAAUCGGUGUAAUCGAGAAUAUACAUUCUGAGCCUUUCCAAAAUGGGUUUGUCUUGAUUUAUUAAGUAAUUCUUCAAGGUUUAUGCAUGUGUGGUCAGUACUGGAAGCAUCAAUGGAGUAAGGAAGGAUUUUUAUUUUUUUUUUUCUGUAUGAUCAGGAUUUUUUAAAACUAGUUUAUGAUAAACCAUUAUAUAUUAAUUUUAUAAAUUUUAAAUUUAAGCUAAUCUUGAGUUCUUUUUAAGUGAAAUUUAAUUUUUCUU